CAAGUAAGCGGAGAUUUAGGGGCCUCUCUCAAAACGGCACACUCCUUUUUAUACAUAACCCAGAAGGAGGAAAAAGGCUUCGUUAGCUUUCUGGUUUUGGUUUCUUCUUCCACACUAAUAAAUUCCGACCCUCUCUUGGGAGCUCGUCUUCUCCUUUUGACCAAGUGAGAGACCCUCCUCCUCCACCUGAGGUUUUCUCAACACUCAACAGGCUAAAAUUAUUGCUCCUGUCUCCAAGAAAAGAAAUCUUUAACCACGGGUGACUCGGAUUCUUCGACAAGGAAUAAGAAUUUCAAAUCCCCGUAAAAGAGAGAGAACGGAAAAUGGUUGCGGCUUUAUCGGCUUGGCCUUGGGAAAACCUCGGCAAUCUCAAGUAUCUACUGUACGGUCCGUUAGCAGCACAAGUGAUCUAUUCGAGGGUUCAUGAGGAAGAGAACACAAGGGCCACUCUCUGUCUGCAUAUUCUGAUCCUCUCUGCGCUUAGAGGUCUUGUUCAUGUCUUAUGGAGCUCUUUCGCCCACAUGUUGUUCUUGACUCGGACUCGCCGUAUCAAUCCACAAGGUGUCGACUUCAACCAGAUUGAUCACGAAUGGAACUGGGACAAUUUCAUACUUCUCCAAGCCAUAAUAGCAAGCAUGGUCUGUUACAUGUCUCCAUUGGUGAACAGCCUUCCCCUCUGGAAUCCAAGAGGCAUUAUUGCGUUAAUUGUCUUCCAUGUGACAAUUUCAGAGCCAUUAUACUACAUUGCUCAUAGAUGCUUACAUGGAUACAACCGCCUCUUCACUCAUUACCACUUGCAUCACCACUCUUCUCCAGUUCCACACCCCAUGACAGCUGGAAAUGCAACGUUCUUGGAACAUCUUAUCCUCUGUAUGGUAAUAGGAGUUCCUUUGAUUGGCUCUUGCUGGUUGGGGGUUGGAUCGACGAGCUUGUUCUACGGACAUGUUCUUGUGUUUGAUUUCUUGAGAUGUUUGGGGCAUUGCAAUGUCGAGAUCGUCUCACACAACAUGUUUGAUACCUUCCCUUUCCUCAGAUAUCUCCUCUACACGCCAACGUACCAUAGUCUGCAUCACAGAUACAUGAAGACCAACUUCUGCCUCUUUAUGCCUCUCUUCGACGCUCUGGGAAACACAUUAAACCCCGGCUCGUGGGAACUCCACCGGAAAUUCAGUUCGGGUCCAGAGGAGAACAAGAGGGUGCCGGAUUUCGUGUUCCUGGCCCACGUUGUGGACGUGUCAUCAGCAAUGCACUCGCCGUUUGUGUUCAGAUCAUUCAGUUCACUGCCUUACACAUUCAGGAUUUUCUUGUUGCCGAUGUGGCCAGGGACGUUUCUGGUAAUGCUGCAUUCCUGGUUGUUCUACAACCUCAGGGACAAGCUUUGCCAGACCUGGGUCGUCCCCAGAUUCGGCUUCCAAUACUUUUUGCCAUUUGCAACUCAAGGCAUUAACGACCAGAUCGAAGAUGCUAUUCUGAGGGCUGACAGACUUGGUGUCAAAGUUAUUAGCUUAGCUGCGCUCAAUAAGAACGAGGCUUUGAAUGGAGGAGGAACGCUGUUUGUAAACAAGCAUCCGAACCUGAGGGUUAGGGUGGUGCAUGGAAACACGUUAACGGCAGCUGUCAUUCUCAACGAAGUCCCAAAAGAUGUAGAAGAGGUGUUCCUGACAGGGGCCACUUCUAAACUCGGAAGAGCCAUUGCUCUUUACCUCUGUCGCAGGAGAGUUCGAGUUCUUAUGUUGACACUAUCAACGGAAAGGUUUCAGAAGAUUCAAAAGGAGGCAGCAGUGGGACACCAGAACUACCUUGUACAAGUGACCAAGUACCAAGCUGCCCAACACUGCAAGACGUGGAUAGUGGGGAAAUGGUUGACGCCGAGGGAACAGAGGUGGGCGCCAAAGGGAACGCAUUUCCAUCAGUUUGUGGUGCCUCCUAUCCUCAGGUUCAGGAAGAACUGUUCCUAUGGAGAUCUUGCUGCCAUGAGGCUUCCCCCUGAUGUCAAUGGCCUUGGCACCUGCGAGUACACGAUGGAGAGAGGAGUGGUUCACGCUUGCCACGCAGGAGGAGUGGUUCACAUGCUGGAGGGUUGGGAUCAUCAUGAGGUGGGCGCCAUUGACGUUGACCGCAUCGAUAUCGUCUGGUCUGCUGCCUUGCGUCUCGGCUUCGCCCCUCCCUCUCCUCCGCCCUCCUAGUCUCUUUCUUUUUCACUCCACUUCGUUAUACCUCCACUUUUUUUUUUUUUAAGAAGAAAAAAUUCAUAUUGGGUUUUCCCAAAUGAGCAUGGUGACGACCAUUAGCCGUUCAGGUUUAGACAGCCUCGCCCUAAGCCAUGUGCCAACGAAACAUGAUCCACUACAAGCCUCUAUGUUUGAAGAGGCCUCCCUUGGCUUCCUUUGUUUUGUCUACUCGAUUCUUUUGUCUAACGUCUCUACUGAGAUGAAAGGUAGCUUCUAUUUUCAUGACCAUAACUCUGAAUACAUUUACAUAUGGGGUGAAUCAGACCCCAAGUUUCCAUCCUGAUAA